AUGAUUACUCGUGAUAUCGAUAUUGUAAAUGGUCUUAAAGGUUUUGAUCGUAAAUUUACUAACGGUGAACUUGUGAGUAAAAUGCUUAGGUUCUUAUCGGAGGAAUGGAGUCCAUUGAGGAUGUUGAUCGAGAAUACUAAGGAUGUAAAUAUAUAUCCUUUGGAAGAGCUCUACAGCACAUUAAUGACCUAUGAGCUAAACAAUGCCGAUGUUAAGGAGAAAAUGAGAAAAAGUCUUCAUAAUAAUAGAAGAUUCCAAAAGAAAGAAGAAAAAGGGGAAGAUAGGAACAAAAAGAUUGUUUGCUAUGAUUGUGACAAGUCGGGUCACCAGAGAACCGAGUGUCCAAACAAAAAGAAAAAUUUCAAGAAAAAGGUACUCCAAGCCACAUGGGAUGAUAGCGACGACAAAGAACCAAAUGGGAAUGAUAGUCAAGAUGAAGUGGAAAAUAUGUGCUUCAUGGUAAUUAAAGACAAGGUACCGAAGAAAAUAAAAAGUAAGUGGUUCUUGGAUAGUGGAUGCACAAAGCAUAUGACUGGAGACCGAUCAUUAUUAUCAAACUUUCAAGAGGAGGAUGGAGGCCAUGUGACCUUUGGAGAUAAUACCAAAGAUAAUUUGGGGAAAUUCGAAUCCAAAUCUGAUAUUGGAAUUUUCUUGGGAUAUUCAUCGACUAGCAAAGCAUAUAGAGUUUUUAACAAACGAACUCUAGUCGUUGAAGAAUCCAUGCAUGUUACUUCUGUUGAAACUAACUCAUCUGAUCGAGAGAAAGGUAGUGAUAACGAUGUAGGUUUGGAAGCUCCUUUCGAACAAAUGAAAAUUCAAGACCAAAAUAACGAGGCACCAAAUGGAGAAAUAGAAAAGUCAAAUGCUCAAGAAAAUGAAGAAAGACAAACCGGAGAACAAAGUGAUCCCUCGUUACCAAAAGAAUGGAGGUUUGUUCCAUCUCAUCCCAAAUAG